GUACGUAAAUAGGCACUAUUCUCAUUUGUCUCACCAUGGCUUCUUUUACUUCAUGGAGCUUUAAGUUCUUGUUUAUGACACUUGCAACCUUUGCCAUCAUCAGCAAACCUUCCCUUGCGGUUGCGGUUGCGGUUCCGGUUUUCCAAUCAAGCCCUUGGGCUGCUGCCCAUGCCACCUUUUAUGGCGAUGAAUCUGCCUCUCAAACAAUGGGAGGAGCUUGUGGGUACGGGGAUUUGUUCAGCAAUGGUUAUGGUACAGACACUGCUGCACUGAGCACAACAUUGUUCAACGAUGGCUUUGCUUGUGGGACUUGUUACCAAAUAAAGUGUGUUGACUCACCUUGGUGCUACUCUGGGGUUCCAUCCACCACAGUGACAGCAACCAACAUUUGCCCUCCAAAUUGGGCCCAAGAAUCCAACAAUGGCGGCUGGUGCAACCCUCCUCGAGCCCAUUUCGACAUGUCCAAGCCUGCUUUCAUGAAAAUCGCAACAUGGAAAGCUGGCAUUGUCCCCGUCAUGUACCGAAGGGUACCUUGUGAGAGGCCAGGAGGGGUUAGAUUUUCAUUCCAAGGCAAUGGGUAUUGGUUAUUGGUGUAUGUGAUGAACGUAGGAGGAGGUGGUGACAUUGCAAACAUGUGGGUCAAAGGAAGCAAAACAGGGUGGAUUAACAUGAGCCAUAACUGGGGAGCUUCGUUUCAGGCAUUUGCCACACUUGGUGGCCAAUCACUUUCUUUCAAGCUUACUUCAUAUUCAACCAAGGAAACCAUCAUAGCUUGGAAUGUUGCACCUGAAAAUUGGAAUGUAGGGUCAACUUACAAGACAGAUGUGAACUUCCAUUAAACAACUACUUCAGAAUUGCCUGGACAAUUAUUAUCUUCUCUUCUUUUUUGGUUAUUUCACUGUUCUUUUUUUCUCGGCUUUCCCUUUUUCUUGAAAUUCAACCUUAGUUCGGAACAGCUCUACUACAGUUCUGUACUGUUGAAAAAGAAACAAUCUUAUAUCAACUAGUUGAACAUAA